CCGCUAGUUGAAGGAAGUGCCUGUUUCCACUUCGACCUGGAAGUGAACGGAGGCAUCGGUCGAGCGGAGUCCAAGGCCGGUUUGGGAGCCCGAUCGCCUGCCUCGGUUCUGCUACCGUCAGUGCGGCCAUGUCCCAAGGAGGCAGGCAGGAAGAGGCAGGAGCAGGCGGCAGCCUCCGGAGCCAUCGGAGUUCCAGCGAAUCGCUGCCCAGCUGCAGCUCCCAGACAAACCAUAAAGGGCAGGAUCGGAAGGAGCAAAAGAGAAAUAAGCGGGUGGUGCAACAAAUCCAACAGAUCCAACAUCUGGAGUCCUUCUAUGAGAAACUUCCUCCAGGGCUAAUUAAGGAAAAUGAGACUAAACCAGAAGACUGCAUUCCUGAUGUACCUGGCAAUGAAAACGCACGAGAAUUCUUAGCACAUGCUCCAACCAAAGGAUUAUGGAUGCCUUUAGGAAAAGAGGUCAAAGUUAUGCAAUGCUGGAGAUGUAAACGAUAUGGACACCGAACAGGAGAUAAAGAAUGUCCUUUCUUCAUUAAAGGCAACCAAAAAUUAGAACAAUUCAGAGUGGCACAUGAAGACCCUAUGUAUGAUAUAAUAAGAGAAAAUAAACGCUAUGAAAAAGAUAUGAGGAUAGAACAGUUAAAACGGUUGCUGGAAGACUCCACAUCAGAUGAAGACAGCAGCAGUGACAGUUCCAGUUCUUCAGAGAGUCAAGUGAAGCACAAAAAGAAGAAGAAGAAAAAGGAAAAGAAGAAAAAAAAGAAAAAGAGAAAAUGCCGAUCUUCUAAAUCAAACAAGAAGUCUGAAUCAGAUUGAGGAGAUGGUUGCCUUUAUGUCAAUAAAUUGUAAAAGAUCCAAAGAA